AUGUCGGCUUCAUGCAUGGUUUUGCAUCAAGCACAGUUGCCUGUGUUCCUUCCUAUCCAGUAUCAUGAGGUGCCCCCGCCGCAAUACAACUUCGCUUACGAAGUCAACGACCCACAGACUGGUGAUUUCAAGAGACAGCAGGAGAGCAGACAAGGAGGCACAGUAUUGGGCCAGUAUUCGCUUCUGCAGCCGGACGGAGUGACGAGAACCGUUGAUUACAGAGCGGAUGAUCACACAGGAUUCAACGCAGUAGUCAACAACGAGGGAAGACCUAACAACGCACCUUCGGAUCGAGAAGAACAAAACGCAGGCGAUGGUUCUAGCAGGCAAGCAAAUGACAGACCUCAAACCGAACAAUUUCGCCAGCCUCCUAACGAUCAGCAAGUGACGUCAGCGCCAAUCACCGUCGCCCACACUUCAGUCAUUCAUCGGUCUUACACUGGUCUCUCCAGCCCAUGGAUC